AUGGUCCAUUAUGAGAAAAGCCGGAUGCUACAAAUUGCGAUGAUUCCAGGUCCUUUCACACCACUUGACUUCUGGCCAUUUUUGAAGCCAACCUUGGCAGACAUCAAGGUACUCCAAGAGGAAGGAAUGGUUGUCAUAACCCCAACUCUCACCAUCUGUGCAAAGGUACAUGUCCUUGUUGUAACUGGUGAUAUUCUGGCAGUGGCAAAGCUGGCAUGUCACGCUGGUCAUAUGAGCAAAAGUAGCUAUCAAAUCUGUAAUGUUGUGGGCCAAACUCCUGGCCAUGGCCAAUAUUUUAAAUCUUUACCAGACACUACUAUGCACACUUUGGAAAGUUUCCAAAACUUUGAUCCAGCAAGUUUGUCCAGCAAGGGUCUUGUAGAACAAUCUCCUUUUUCUUCACUGGCAUCAUUCACAGGCCUGCUCUUUUUUACCCUUGACAAGAUGCAUGGCCUUUGCCAUGGAAUAGGCAAACAGGUUUGGGGGCUUAUUGAUGGAAAGUAUGGGAUUAAACACUCUCUAUUUCUUCUUGCUAAUGUACUCAAGAAAAUCGGCGUGGCAAUGGCAGCAACAAGAAAAACAAUUCUGACAGCAUUUCAUGGCUGUUGGAGAAACAUAUCCAAGUACAGUGGAUACUUCAAGGCUGUAGACUGGGCCGAUUUCCUUCUCUUUGUUGUCCCUACACUGGUGGCCGAGCGUGUAAGAGAUACAACUGCCAGGAAAGCAUUGCUUGGACUUGUGCAAGCUUGCAAUGUACUCAUGAGCUGGGAGUUAUCAGCAGAGGAACAAACCUCUAUAAAAAGUGCCUUUGGUCCUCCUUGUGCAUACAGCACAAGAUCAAUGGAGCAUGCUAUUGGUGAGUAUUCUCACGCCAUCAAAAGCAAGUUGGCAAUUGGUGUGAAUGCUGGAAACAUAAUGGUCAGGCUGGCUUGUACACGGCAAUUGUUGACUGAUUCUGAUGGAGGCAAAUGGAGAGGUGUUGUAUUACAGUAUGAAGAUAUGUCUGCUGGUUGGCCAAUUACUAGUGAGGGUGAGCGUGCUGGUGCAGAUUCCGAUAUUGAGUUCUGGAGACCUUUAGGAUAUAAAACAAUUGAUGACAGUUUCGAAGACAUUUCUUGUCUUCUGAUUCUUAUUCAAGACUUUUAUAGAUCAAAGGGGGUUGAAUGCAGGACGAUUGAACCAGCUAUAAUAACUAGUCGCAAAGCUUUUAUUAAUGGCUGUGUGAUUGACUCCUCAUUUGCCCAAAAUACAUUAAGAGAGGCGCAUCAUGUUCGUCUUCAGGUGCAAGUCGAUCUGUUCACAAAUGUACGUCGCCAAUACACUCCCGUUGCAAAGGACUUCUUUGGAAAAGUAAUUCUUUUCUUUGAACAUGAGAAUUCUGGUAAAAGGUGGCCCCUUGUUUUGGUGCUGAUAUAUAGUACUGUAUUAUACAAUGGCAUUCCGGUGGUGGUAAAUGACCAGCUCAAACCAAAGGUAGUCCACCUAGCAGACGUCAAGGAGUUGGUUGGUCUUGUAAUGUCAGAUGCAACAGAUAGUACAACAACAACAACAACAACAACAACAACAAAGUAUAUAGUGUGGCAGGAACUUAACUGCGGCCCAAAAUUAAAUCUUGGUCAAUAUAGAGACCUAUAA